AGACGCAGCUGGAGCCAAAACGGUUGCAAAACAAAGAAGACAGUGUUGGCACGCGUGUAUUUUGUAGACGCAGUUUAUAAUCGAGUCGUAGAAAGGAUUUCCAAACAUAAAAGUGGACCUGCUCUAAGCGGACGGUAUUUUGAUGUAGAAACAGCACGAAUAGAUAUAAGAUGUUGGAAGAGGAGAGUGACUGGGAGGAUUUACCAGACAUCCUGUUGGAGGACAUAUUCACUCUGUUAGAACCUCGUCAUCGGCACGAGGCCUCACAAGUUUGUCGCCGGUGGUACGAAACAUUCUAUGCUCCAAGAGUCUGGGAACAUUUUAUGCUGAAAGGAAAUAUCUUGACAAAAAGAAGGUACAGCAUUUUUAAAGGAUAUCAGCGAGAAACUUGUCCAAGGAAAACGCAAAUUUGUCUGCACAGGGUGGGAUAUCUCUUCAAAAAAAUCACUAUCACGCCCAUUCAUGACUUUCAGCAUGUAUACGAGUUUAUCCGCAUACUCCGUGCAUUUCUGGGUUAUUUCGAUGAAUUCCCAAUGCCCUUACUGCAUACGUUCCAUUUUACUUUUACUUGCGAGACACGGGGCAUAACCGGUGUUAUCUUGCAUGGAACCGGAGGGAAAAUGAUGGAAGAGCUUCGCCAUCUUCUUCAAAACAUGAAAUUGCUUAAAGACCUGAAACUGAACAAUCUUAUGUUAGACGAAGUUGAAGUUUCUGGCUUGUUUGAAGCAAUUGCCAAUAACUGUAGCGACACGAUUCAGACACUGGAAAUUUUGAACUUCACGAAAGUUCCACAUCCCAUUCUUGAUGUCACUCUGUUCGAUAAUUUACAAACGCUGAGAACAAGUCCCCAGCACCUUGAUGACGAAGUGAUUGUAAUUCUUGCAUCAUCAGGGGUCAGUAACCUUCAUAUAAUUCAAGGACGUUAUACUUGUAAUGCUGACCCAGUGUCAGACGAUGCGUGGCGUCUACUCAAGGAAAUGGCGCCAAAUUUCCGCGUGACUUUGGAAGUUCGUGGUCACACAAAAACACCGUUGAUGCUUCAACCUCACGCCCCUGUAAACCGUAUCGUUUACGAUUCAGCAAAUUUGAAAUUCCCACACGAGACGGCUGUUUGGAUUGUCCACUAUUACCACAAAAUACUUGAGAGUUUUGUUCAAAAGCGAAUCCCACGAACACAUGGACCUCGAACUUUUCAUGACCGUGGUGAUGCCGCCUUUUUGAUGCUGGUCAGGAGUUGUCCAAAGCUGCAUACACUUGUCAUCAGCGAAAGGAUAUCUACAGCGACCGCACUUCUGAUUGCCAAAACAAAGCCUUCUCUUCAGAAAUAUAUUGUGCGCAAAAAUGGACUUCUGAAAAGAUGUGACGGUCCCAAAACGGACAACACCUUUAGAGAUGCAGAUUUUAGAAAGACUGCAAGAUCUUACGAGACAACUAACGAGGAAAUUUCUGAAAUCCUUGGUAGAAGAUGGGUUCCAAUGACAGAUAGGCAUUUUAAAAAGUUGUGAGCUUGAGAUGAAAACAACAAGUUCUAUUUUGUGAUGCUGCAUGGUGCUUUCAAUAACUUAAAUAUUUGUAUUUUUGUAUCUUUUUAUAUCAUAUGUUGUAUUUAAUUUAUCUCAACAAUAUUUAUUUUUCUUUUUUUACACAACUGUAUAACACAUGAUUUUGUUAAUUAUUGUUGCAAUGGUAUUGAGAUGAUUUUCAUAUAAGCAUCUUGUUGGUCAAGUUGGUAUUCAUUAUUUUAAUUUUUAAAAUCAUUAUUUUAAGCAUAAUUUAAGGCAUAGAGUGCUGUAUACAAACAAACACCAAAACUUGACUACUUAUUCUUAUGAAGCAUAGUUAUUACUCGAAAAAAAAUCGAACUUAAAUGUACUUUAAGAUGAAAAUAUACAUUGCAAUUUUUGGUUUGAUGAUUUUUUUUUCCAUAGAUCACUACCUAUUUUACUUCCAAAAUAUCUUAUGUUGAAAUCUCAUUAUCAAGCUCGAGAAGGAUGUCAGUCAUCAACAUUUAGUUAAUAAAGAUCAAUCUGCAUGAACAAAAAUUGUAGGAUCGAUGAAAAUGUUCGAUGCAAAUACAUGUAUCUUAAUUUUUUUAAUACACAUGCAGAAUAUGUAUAUAUCAAUGACAUAGAUAACAAAUGUAUAACUUAUAUAUUGGUAUAAUUACAAUAUUUGGUGUUGUUAUCAGUAAUCAUGGUGUAAAAUAUAUCCCAACAUUUCCAUAUAUUUUUGUACAAGUAUAAUGCGUAUACUAAUGUUUUAUCAUUUAUGUAUGUAUUUACUGCUUGAGUUGUUAAAAAUCAAUGUGAAAUCUGAAGGAGAAAAAUUUAAUAAUAAUAAAUUUAAUAUGAACGUUUUCUAUUGUCUUUAUACCCUUUUCUGUUUCUUCGAAUAACUCAUAUGUAUAUUUGAUAGUAAGUUGAGAUUUCUUGGGUAGUUAUGAACCUUUUGAAGGGCGUGGGGCCUCUAUAUUUGUAUUGUAUGCGAAUUUUAAAAAGCAGGGUACAAAAAAUCAUACUCAUUUGAUACCUAUUAUAAUUUUUUUCAAAAGAAUAUUUGUGUAGAUGUACGUAUUAUGAGUGGCAGAAAGGAACAAAUAUGCAAUACUCUGCAUUUUUGUGUAGGUAUAAUCUUGUUUUUACUGCUAUCAUCUGACAGUGCAUAUAAUUUAAAUACCGUAUAGUACCAAUUACUGUCAAUAAAAAUAAUACAGAGUUGUGCAGUAUUCAUAAAGGUUAUUAUUAUUAUUUUUUUAUAGGAAAGGGGGAAAAUUGCGUUGUUGUCUGAAAACUUCACAUUUAAUCUUUUUAGGAUAUUGAAGUCGAUGAAAUUAGAGCAUAUACAAACACAAUGUAACUGCAGUUCGAGUACAGUACCUGGCUAUUAUAUAGUCAUUUUUUAAACUACGUAUUUCAUAGAAAAAAUGCCUUUGGGGGAAAAAUACAUACUGCAACGUUAGUUGUGGCUCAUUUUUUAUUUAUAUAACAGCAUGAAAUGCCGAAUUAUUUACAGUUUCUUCGCCUUAUUUCAAAAUAAUUUAAUCUUUUAGCGGUAUAUCACGUGUUAAUUGCGAAAUUGAAAUUUUAAUUUAAAGAAAUAUUUAAAAAUAAACUACCGGGUACAUUAUUUUGAUGUUAGAAAUUUUGUUUUAAUGAUUUCAUAAAUUAUUUUCAAUGAUCAAUGUGUCACAUUUUGCUGAGCAUCUUAGGAAAAGAAAAUGUGGACAAUUUUGUAUAAUUGAGUGGAAAAAAUGGGCUAAAAUUGAUCCCACAAUAAGUUUUCAUUUAAUUUCUUUAUUCAAUGAAAUUUAUGUACUGGUAACCAUUGUUUCAAAAUUCACUAGAACUUUAUUUUCGCUUGAUUUUGCUGCUUGCAAAAAUUUCCUUUUCGAGUAUAUUUGUACUAUUAAAGAUACAACAUUUGCCAUCGUUCGUUAUUUUUUUUCUCUCUCUCUACCUGCUACAAUUUCGCGAAAAAAGGUGUCACGAAAAUUUUGUGUAAGAGUACAAUCACUAGAACUUUAUUUUCGCUUGAUUUUGCUGCUUGCAAAAAAUUCCUUUUCGAGUAUAUUUGUAUUAUUAAAGAUACAACAUUUGCCUUUG